AUCGAUGAUUUUAUCUGACAUUAACAGCAAUGAUUGAUUCCUUCAUUACCUCACUCGCUUCCUUUCCUAGUGUAACAUAAAUUCUUCACAACCCACGAGUAUUAUUCAUUCACAGCAUCUUCGGAAAUGGGGUGGUCUCAAGUGAUAACCUUGACCACUCUUGUUGUUGGGGCCAUGGCCAUUACUGUUACAUGUUCUUCUCCCUUUGUGCAGCAAAAGCUAGACAAGGUUGGAAAGCUACCGGGUCAAUCUUUUGAUAUCAAGUUCCAACACUAUUCUGGCUAUGUCACUGUUAACGAGGAAGCUGGAAGGGCCCUCUUUUACUGGUUCAUGGAGGCUGAUCAGGACCCUCAAACCAAACCCCUUCUCUUAUGGCUCAAUGGAGGGCCUGGAUGUUCAUCCAUUGCUUAUGGUGAGGCAGAAGAAAUUGGCCCCUUUCAUAUAAAUCCAGAUGGGAAAACACUUUAUCUGAAUCCUUACUCUUGGAACCAAGUUGCCAACGUUCUUUUUCUUGAUUCUCCGGUUGGAGUUGGGUUUUCAUAUUCAAACACUUCAUCUGACAUUCUUAACAAUGGCGACAAGAGGACUGCUGAGGACUCUCUAACAUUCUUAUUGAAGUGGUUUGAGCGUUUCUCCCAAUAUAAAGGAAGGGACUUCUUUAUCGCCGGUGAGAGCUAUGCAGGGCAUUAUGUUCCUCAACUUAGCCAAGCUAUCUUGAAGUACAACUCGGAAACAAAGAAAAAUGCUAUAAAUCUGAAAGGAUACUUGGUUGGAAAUGCUCUUACUGAUGAUUUCCAUGACCAUUUGGGGGUUGCUCAGUUUAUGUGGGCAAGUGGUUUGAUUUCUGAUCAAACAUACAAACUAUUGAACCAAUGUGAUUCCGAGUCGUUCGUACAUCCCUCAAAUUCUUGCGGUCAGGUUUUUGAAAAUGCUGAUGUAGAGCUCGGCAAUAUUGACCCUUACAGUAUCUUUACUUCUCUGUGCCCUGGUAAUGUUAGCCAGACAAAGCAACUGCUAAGAAGAAAGCAUAGAUUUGGUAGACUCAAUGAAGGGUAUGAUCCUUGCACUGAGAAGCACUCUACUGCAUACUUCAAUCUACCUGAGGUCCAAAAGGCACUUCAUGUUGAUCAAGAUCACAAGCCUAGUAAAUGGGAAACCUGCAGUGAAGCUGUAAAUAGCAACUGGAAGGACUCUCCAAGUACGGUGCUCGAUGUUUAUCAUGAACUUAUUGGUUCAGGACUGAGGAUAUGGAUGUUCAGUGGUGACACAGAUUCAGUAAUCCCGGUGACAUCUACUCGGUAUAGUAUAGAUGCUCUUAAGCUUCCGACAGUUAGCCCUUGGCGUCCAUGGUACGACGAAGGGCAGGUGGGAGGGUGGACACAAGAAUAUGAUGGACUAACCUUUGUGGCAGUAAGGGGAGCAGGACAUGAAGUUCCUUUGCAUAGACCAAAACUUGCUCUUUCACUCUUCAAAGCCUUCAUAGCUGGAACUUCCAUGCCCACUCUUCAGCUUGUCAGUGACUCCUAAAAUGUGCAUCUCAAAAUUAGUGCCUCUUAGAGUGAUCAUUUGGCAAUUUAUUUUCAUUUUUCCAACUAGGGAUUUCUUAUCCAAUGAAUAACUUCUCAUACCACUAUAACAGAUGUGUACUCAUUUAUCUCUAGAAAUUAAGAGACUGUAAUAUUUGUGUCUGUGAUCUUUGAAGUCAAACAAAUCUUAUCAUGUAACAAGAUCAAUAAAAUAUACAUGCUCUGA